GUUUUGACACCAAGUCUUAAGGGGAGUUAAUUGUUUAUAACAAGUUUUGUUAAGGGAAGAUACGUGUAAAUUAAUAAUUAAUUGAAUAAUCAACAUUAACUAUAAUUAUGCUUGUUUUAGUACUAGGUGAUCUUCACAUACCACAUAGAUGUAGUAGUUUACCUGCGAAAUUCAAAAAGUUACUGGUGCCCGGUCGAAUACAGCACAUUUUAUGUACUGGUAAUUUGUGUACGAAAGAAUCCUACGAUUAUUUAAAAACCUUAGCUAGUGAUGUUCAUGUAGUGAGAGGUGAUUUUGAUGAUAAUUUGAAUUAUCCAGAACAAAAAGUAGUCACAGUAGGCCAGUUUAGGAUAGGACUAUCCCAUGGUCAUCAAGUAGUGCCUUGGGGAGAUCCAGAGUCAAUUGCAUUAAUCCAAAGACAGUUGGAUGUUGAUAUAUUAAUAUCUGGUCAUACACAUAAGUUUGAAGCAUAUGAACAUGAAAACAAAUUUUAUAUCAACCCUGGUUCAGCAACAGGAGCUUACAAUGCAUUAGAAACGUCAAUAACUCCAUCGUUUGUAUUAAUGGACAUUCAGAAUACAACAGUUGUCACAUAUGUAUACCAAUUAGUUGGUGAAGAUGUUAAAGUUGAGAGGAUUGAAUAUAAGAAAAAUUAAAGCAAAUUUUUGUAUCCUAUAUGUAUAUUUAAAUUUUUAAAAACAUGGAUUUAAUAUCAAUUAUUGAUAAUUUUGUUCACAUUAUUACCAAAAGAUGAUUAUUACAUACUUCCAAUUGAUUUGUUUAUAACAUAAAAUCUUUGUACAA